GGAUUACACUUAUAACAAUGCUAUGCUUUGUUCACUGUGUAAAAAAGUUGCAGAUGAUAUCUUCACCGUUCAUUCUCUGACCUUAACUCUCUUUUACUGCCCUUAUUUUCUUGUUUCUUUACCCCAUCACUCCCUUUUAUUAGUGCUCUUUGUUAACGCCAUUUUCACACUCUCUCUUCUCGUUCUCCAUUUACGUUCUUGGGGUUUCAGUUUUCAGUUCCUUUAGAGAAUGUUUUGGAGUAUGGAGUCUGUCUUUGUGCUUAUACUUCUGCUUUCAGCAGCUGUCUCUUCUUUUGUUGCUGCUGAUGAUGAAGCAUUCAUUGGUGUUAACAUAGGAACAGACCUUUCGGACAUGCCACACCCAACUCAAGUGGUAGCCCUCCUCAAGGCUCAGCAAAUCAGACAUGUCCGGCUCUAUGAUGCUGACCGUGGCAUGCUAGUUGCACUUGCUAAUACAGGCAUUCAGGUCAUGGUCUCUGUUCCCAAUGAACAACUUCUGGGAAUUGGUCAAUCGAAUUCCACUGCUGCUAAUUGGGUUUCGCAUAAUGUGGUGGCUCAUUACCCAGCUACAAACAUCACAGCCAUUUGUGUAGGUUCUGAGGUUUUCACAGCCGUUCCCAAUGCAGCGUCAGUCCUUGUCAAUGCCAUGAAGUUCAUUCAAUCAGCCCUUGUUGCAUCCAACCUAGAUCGCCAAAUCAAAGUUUCAACACCCCUUUCUUCCUCUAUUAUCCUUGAUUCCUUCCCACCAUCCCAAGCCUUCUUUAACAAAACGUGGAAUCCUGUUUUGAUUCCCAUGCUCAAUUUCUUGCAGUCAACAGGGUCACACUUGAUGCUCAAUAUAUACCCUUACUAUGACUACAUGCAAUCAAAUGGUGUAAUUCCAUUAGAUUAUGCACUCUUGAAGCCUCUUGCUCCAAACAAGGAAGCUGUUGAUGCUAACACACUUGUUCACUAUUCCAAUGUCUUUGAUGCUAUGAUUGAUGCAACUUACUUUGCCAUGGAUUUCCUAAACUUUACUAACGUUCCUGUUAUGGUUACUGAAACUGGCUGGCCAUCAAAAGGUGAUUCUAAUGAGCCGGAUGCAACUCUAGAUAAUGCCAACACUUACAACAGUAAUUUGAUUAGGCAUGUGCUGAACAAAACUGGAACUCCCAAACACCCUGGAAUUGCUGUUAGUACAUACAUUUAUGAGCUUUAUAAUGAAGAUUUGAAACCCGGUCCAGUCUCAGAGAAGAAUUGGGGAUUGUUUAAUGCAAAUGGGGAGCCUGUUUACAUUUUGCAUCUGACCGGGUCAGGCUUAGUGUUAGCAAAUGACACUACGAACCAAACAUACUGUACUGCAAAGCAAGGUGCUGAUCCAAAGAUGCUGCAAGCUGCUUUGGAUUGGGCAUGUGGACCUGGCAAGGUUGAUUGCUCUGCUAUGUUGCAGGGAGAGCCAUGUUACCAACCAGACAAUGUGAUUGCGCAUGCAACUUAUGCAUUUAACAGUUACUAUAAUCAGAUGGGGAAGGCUCCUGGGACAUGUGACUUCAAUGGUGUGGCCGCUAUCACCACUACAAAUCCAAGUCAUGGCACUUGUGUGUUCCCAGGAAGCACUGGCAGGAUGAAUGGCACCAUGGUAAACAUUACAGCCCCAUCAAUGAAUUCCACGAGUGCAGCUCCUUCUGCCAGAGAUCUUUACAACCUCGGUUCUACGAACUUCUUAGUGCUUCUCAGAGUUCUAAUCUGUAGCAUAGUUUUCUUGUAAAAUGGUAUCUGCUGAAAUCUCUUGCAACGCCAAAAAUUUUGAGUCGGAGGAAGUGCUUACCUUCUUCUUGGUGGAGGUUCGAGGUCAUCAGUAGGGGAAUUGGUGCAUUGAAUUUUUGUACAAAAGAAACUGGAGAAGAGCCUGAACUUAGUUUGGCAUCCACUGGAUUAUUAUUCUUUUUAAUGAAAGAUUUGAUAUUUAUCCUUCUGAUUAAAA